UGCGAUUAUUUUAACUUGUGUAAACAUAACGAGCCUGUAAAUAUAAAGAAAAUAGAAUUGUUGUAUUUGAAGUCGCAAAUGUUUGGGAAAGUAAACAAGUUUGUUAUUGUGUAUUUGUGUUAAGAGUAUUUCUCUUUGUAAAAAAAGAUUUAGCCAUGGAAAUGGCUUUGAAUGCAGAUACUAAUUAUCAGUCUUUAAAUGAAGGUAAUCCUUUCAGAAAGGAUAGUGGUGAAUUUCACAUUCAAGACCAUGACGAUACUCCGGGAGAUAGUGGAAUUAUGAUACAUGUUGUUCCCGAAACAAAUAAAGCUCGAUGGAAUCACAUCGAAGAUUUGGAUUCAUUUUUUACCCGCAUGUACAAUUACCACCAAAAACAUGGAUUCUCAGUUAUAGCCUUAAAUGAGAUUUUUCAGUUGUGCAAAUUUGUCUUUGUGGUGUGGUUGCUAACUUUUACAGUAUACUGUAUCAACUAUCAAGUAUUGUUUGGAGACUCCCCACCACCGAGUAACCUUACCAAAGUUACUUUAAGAGAUGUUGUUAUUCCGACAAGACAAUGCAUAGCCAACUUUAAUGGCUAUACAUAUUUGUUUUUUCUACUAGCAAUACUAUAUUUCGUUGUUCGUUUUUUGCGAGUUGUUUAUUUAAUAACUCAAUUCGUGGAUAUGAAAAAAUUUUAUCAAACCGCACUCCAUAUUGACGAGAAAGAAAUAGAUAACACUACGUGGCAUGAAGUAAAAAUGAAGAUAAGGGAAGUUCAAUCCGAGCAGCAUAUGUGUAUUGAUAAAGAACAAUUGACCGAAUUGGAUAUAUACCAUCGAAUUUUAAGAUUUAAGAACUAUAUGGUCGCUCUUAUGAACAAAAACCUACUACCAGUGAAAUUUAAUGUACCUCUGCUUGGAGAAUGUGUGAGCCUAAGUCGUGGACUUUUGUUUAAUAUACAUUUUAUACUAUUUAGAGGACCCGGUUCACCGUUUCAAAAUAAUUGGCAACUCCGAGAUGACUACAACUAUCGAACCAACCAGGUCGAACUAGCUCAACGAUUGUCAAAACUUAUUAUGUGGGUUGCCCUUGCUAACCUUUUAUUGGCUCCAGUUAUUUUUGUAUGGCAGUGUCUAUAUUUUUUAUUCUCAUACGCGAAUAUUUUAAGAAAAGAGCCAGGAACGUUAGGAAUGCGAACAUGGUCCAACUAUGGUCGCUUAUACUUAAGACACUUCAAUGAGUUAGAACAUGAAUUGGAUGCACGUUUAAAUCGUGCUUAUGAAUAUGCAGAUAGGUAUCUAAACUCAUUUUCUUCGCCUUUAAUGGCGGUCGUUGCAAGAAAUGUACUAUUUAUCUCUGGAGGAAUAUUGGUAUUAAUUUUGACUUUAGGCAUAUAUGACGAAUUUGUCUUCCAAGUGGAACAUGUAUUAACGAUUAUCACAAUUCUUUCUGUCAUCGGAUUAAUAUGCAGGACUAUGAUCCCGGACGAAAAUUUAAUAUGGUGCCCGGAGCAAUUGAUGACCGCCAUAUUAGCUCAUGUGCAUUAUUUACCUUCUAAUUGGAAGAAUAGGGCGCAUACAGCUGCUGUACGAAAAGAAUUUGAAAAUUUGUUUCAAUUUAAAGCGGGUUACUUGUUAAAUGAAAUUAUUAGUCCUCUUGUAACUCCGUUUAUAUUAAUGUUUGUAUUCCGUCCAAAAUCAUUGGAACUAGUAAAAUUCUUCAGAAGUUUUACAGUAAGUGUGAAGGGUGUUGGAAAUGUCUGCUCAUUUGCUCAAAUGGAUGUUAGAAAACAUGGCAACCCUGAUUGGCAACUUCCUAAGCCUAAUAAAAAACAAAAAGGAAACGUUGAUGCAUUUGAUAGUACUACAAACAGCGCAGUCGACAACGGAAAAACCGAACUUUCAUUAAUCCGAUUCACAUUAACCAACCCAGAAUGGAAAGUCCCACCAGAUGCUGAACAUUUUUUGAACGAUAUUAGAGAACAUGCUGCGGAGGAAUUGAGAAACGCAUUGAUCAACGAUACGGAUAACAAACGAAGUCCUAUAACGGAAAGCUUAAUUUCAUUCGGCACAAUCGAUGCUGAGUAUUCUUCUUUGGCUACAUCUGUUUUUAAUGCACAUAAUAUCCAAAGGGCGGAACUCUUAACAUCAUCGAUUAAACAGUCAAUGAAUCAAAAAAAUGAUAGAAAAAAUCAUCCCAUACCACCGAAUAUUCCUCAAACAAGUGGUUUUGAACAAAUGCUUCAACAAAGCUUUGGUGAGCAACAAGGAAGUAUGUUACGAUUACAAACUUCUUGUGGUAAUUCGCUGGAAAAUAUGCGCAAAUUGCGUAUUAGCAAAGUAGAAGGACGACUGCAAGGGCCAUCAGAAGCACUUUUAUAUAAUCUAUAUGGAAUCGACUCAAAAAUAUCGAACCCAAUUGAUAUUACUGUUGCAGAUAUGAGUCUAAGUACACUAUAUUUACACAACUUACACAAGCACAAUACUGAACAUUCUGUUGGAAAUAUUGUGGGAGAAGAGGCUGUACCAAGUACAUCAAAAAAGGCAAUUAUUGUUUCGAAAGUUGCAGAAGACACACCGCUUCUCGGUAAUGCGCGUUCUUAGCAGGAAGAAUAUUGGAUCUAACUAAGUAAAGUAGGAAAAUAGUAAUAUCACAGAAUUUAAAAAUACAUCCUUUACAUGUAUCGGAUGUAAAUAGAUAUAAUUAUGUAAGUAAUUUAAGUAUCUCAUACACUGUACUUUAAAUAUCAAUAAAUGGUCUAUAUUUUUUGACAAA